AAGGGCGCGCGCCCGAUACUAGGCAACUCAAAUAACGUGAAAACGCGCGCGCAUCUUGCGGGCUUUAAAAGCAAGAUUCAGAGAAAUCUUAAACACGAAAAAGGCCGAUCAUCUCCGAUUAGUAGGUGGACGCUGACAUGGCUGGUCGAUACUUGACUGCGCUGUCAUAAUUUUAUUUUGAUUUUAAAUUGAGAAUUAAUUAGGUGGAAACAUAGGGUAUUAAAUCAAUAAAAAAUGCCGCUACGAGGUGAAGAGAUAUUAAAGGGAUUCCAAGUGAAUUGGAUGAAUUUACGGGACGCUGACAGUGGGAAAAUACUUUGGCAAGGAAACGAAGAUCUGUCGGUGCCAGAGGUGGAGCAUGAGGCACGAGUACCAAAAAAAAUCUUGAGGUGCCGUGCCGUAUCCCGAGAGAUAAAUUUCAGUUCUGUUGAACCGAUGGAACGAUUUAGACUUGAACAGAAAGUCCUGUUCAAAGGACGCUGUCUAGAAGAAUGGUUUUUCGAAUUUGGCUUUGUUAUUCCAAGCAGCACAAACACCUGGCAAAGCCUUAUCGAAGCUGCUCCCGAAAGCCAGAUGAUGCCGGCCAAUGUUCUAAAUGGAAAUCUGGUAAUUGAAACAAAGUUCUUUGAUGACGAUCUUCUACUGUCUACCAGUCGUGUACGUCUUUUCUACAUCUAAAGGAAUGAGCAUUUAAUUCUAUUUGAGAAUUGAAAGAUCCUGGGACCAAGGAUAAGCAAAGAAGCUCAGAAAUAGAGAACUAAACUACUUCUAGGCACAUCCUUGUAACAGUUAGCACUGAAUAUUCACACGUAAGCUCUAAUGGUUAUAGAUUUGAAGCAAAAAAAAAAAAACGGUAACAAUCUCGGUAUUUCGAGAUUUCAGAUAAGCCGAAUCCUCGACUGGACUAACUUAAUUACAUUCGUGAUUUGGGGUUUAAUUUUUUUUGUUCCAAAGUAAUUCCUUGUUUUUUAAAGUACAAAUUUUUCAUAGUUAGCUAAUUACCAACGCCUCUGUAUUUUCAAUUACUUAUUAUUCAUCGGAUUUACUUAUUAUUUACCUAAUUGUACAUAAAUAUGUUUACUCCAAAACCUACUUUAUCAACGGCACCUGCUAUUGGAGCACAAAGCAUUUUUGGAUAAUAAGUAACUUUUUACUUCUUUGAAAUAUUUUUGUACAUAUUGUGAUACACCGCACAUAGCAAUAUACGGUAUACUUCUAA